AUGUCUCUGCGGCGAGCGGGAACGAGAAGAGCGGCGCCUCAUGGAGCUCACGGAGGUCCGAAGCCGAGGAUAACGUAUCAGACUGUCCAACAAGGCUUCAAGGAGCUGUAUAAUCCUCAGAAAGAGAAUGGCCUCGGGUCAGCCAUCGAUGUUGACAUUGUUUUCGUACCGGGUUUGGGCGCACACCCCGAGGACAGUUGGAAGUCUGAGACAGGAUUUAACUGGGCAACCGGUAUCUACGAUGGCGCCUCAAAAUCGUUUUCAGACUCCGUCAGCAAGAAGGAUGGUCUCGCAAGAGACUUUCCGAAAGCUCGGAUAUUGCUGUAUCAGUACGAGUCGGCAUGGAUUGGUGAUCUUAAAGUCAAGUCCUUCAUGAGGGACAUUGCAAAGUCCAUGUUGGAGGGCCUGCAGGCCAAUCGAGAGGGAAUCAGAGACCGCCCUAUCGUCUUCAUUGGACACAGUAUGGGAGGUUUGGUCAUUGCCAAGGCCAUCACUUUGGUUGCAGACACAUACCGUGAUGUGUUCCCCAGGAUGUUUGAGUGCAUCGCAGGCUGCGCCUUCUUUGGAACACCAUUUGGCGGUACCGAGAUCGCCGCCACUGCAUCUAUGCUCGGAGAUUUCGGUGAACAACUUGGCUACACGAAGUCCUCAGCCUUGGUCAAAAUGAUGACACCAGGAGACGAAAGCUUGAACGAGCUGAAGAACGACUUCUUGCGGCUGGCUCUCAAGCUGAGCCCGGCAGUUCAACUCUUUUGCUUUUAUGAGAAUCACCCGACCGAUUUCACCCAGGAGAAGUACGGAGCCGCCAUGUCAAAGAUAGCCAAGACAGUUAUCCCCAAGAAAGUACAAGACUUCGUGCCGAGAGAGUCGGCAACACUUCCUGGAAUCGAGGACAUGGCGCUUGCGGCAAAUCACAGAGAUCUCGUCAAGUUCAGCGACUUCAAGGACUCACGGUACCAGCUUGUUAGGGAGCCUCUGAAGAGACUUAUCCACGGUGCUGGGCUCGUCGUAAAGAACCGCCUUAACUCCACUAGAGGCAUUGACCAAGAAACCGUCAACGGCGUGAUGGAGCUAUUGAACGGCGGACAGGUUGCAAAGAAGAGGAGGAUGCUCGCGCCCCAGUUUCCACCAUCGACCUGGAUUCCAAAGGAGACGGAGUAUCUCGACUGGUUGAAAGACGCUGACAUGUCGAGCAUCGCCAGACCUCAAAGUCGUGGUCAGGCACUUUUCAUCCGGGGACCUGAAGGACGAGGCAAGACACGAGCUACCAUGGCCGUGAUCCAGGAUGUCGACCAUAUGAUUCAGAUUGAUGAGAAAGAGAACAACGGUCGGGGCCCGAUUCUUCUCGCCUACUUCUUCUGCGAGCCAUCUUCGGAUUUCUCAACUGCCGAAGACUUGCUCAAGUCACUUGUCCGCCAACUCAUUGGCCAGCAGCCCUCGCUAGCUGUAUACGCGAAGCAUUUCGUCAAGAGGAAGGGCGAAGACUCCUCGAAAACUCAGGCCAACCUCACUGUAGAGAACUUAUGGCAGACUCUCCAGGAUAUGCUAAUGGAUGAGUUCAUCGGUCGCCGGGUGUACUUUGUCGUCAACAACUUGCAUGCCCUCCCCGAAGAUGCCGAGUCAACCGUCAAGCUUAUGCGAUUCAUCAACGCGGAGAUGCAGGAGCUCAGAACUGAGGACGAGAAGCGUGUAACAACGAGAUGGUUCAUCACGAGCAGAGAUGUUCAGAACGUGGAGGACGCCAUGAAGGUAGAUGACAUCCGGCUCAUCGACCUUGAAGACGACAAGUACUGCGAUCAAGUCCAACUCGAACUGCGCAAGACAGCGCAGGAGAAGGUUCAGGAGCUCGGUAGCGCGAAGAAGUACAACAAGGCCCUCACUUACUAUGCAAGCAGUCUCAUCGGCAAACGCGCAUCGAACAGCCAGUGGAUCAAACUCUCUUGCAUGCAGCUAGCAGAACUCCCUGAAGCCGAAAGCGAUCUCAAGAUUCGACAUAUGCUGGAGGGCAUGCCUCAAGAGUUGAAGGCGUUGUUAGAUGCGGCCUGGUCCCAGAUUUUCCGUGCGAACGAAAAGGACGCCGAGAAGAUCAAGGAACUUCUGCGGACUCUUGCUCUCACUUUUGAGGAGCCCACGGAAGACGAGCUUGCUAUUCUCGCCGGGUUUCCUACGACUGAGGAGGGCAAGACUGAACUUCAGGACUUAGUAAAGAAGUGCAGACCGUUGCUAGUCGUCAAGCGGAGUGGCAAGUCUGAGAACACGAUUGGCUUCAUGGAUAGGGUCGUCAAGGACCACCUGCUGGAGAAGGAGACUUCAAAGAGGACACUGGGAAUGUCUGGCGACGAGAGAAGAUGGCAGCAUGGCAUCAUUGCGCUCCGAUGUCUGGCACACAUCAAGGAUGCCUUCGAUUUCCCUCCUGUCGAGAAGCCUGACGAGGAAACCAGCAACGGAAACGGAUCUGAAGCAGCAAGCAACGACGGCGAAGACGAUACCGACGGAGAAUCCGAGGCAAACGAUGACGAAGCAAGCGACAGCGAAUCAGAGCAAGAAUCCGACGACGACACCGAUUGGGAUGACGAAGAGUCCGUCUAUAACGGCGAUAUGGAGGAUGACGAGGCCGAGGAGGCGCAAAGUCUGGUUGGCAAGGCCAUGGCUUACCCAGUCAAGCACUGGCUACAUCAUGCCAGCAAGGCGACUUUGGAAAUCGCCGAAGACCUCAGCGAGGAUGACUUCUGGCAGAAGGAGUCUCUCAUUCGCUACCGAUGGCUUCUGGUUUACAUGCAUACCACCAAGGUUCUGGCGGGCUUUGAAGCCAAGCAUUUGACUGCACUUCAUAUUGCGGCUGCCCUUGGUUUCAGGCAAUUGGUUUCGGCACUGAUCCAGAACGGCCAUGAGGACGAGAUCAACAAGAGAGAUGAGCUCACCAACACCCCUCUCCAUUUCGCUGCGUACAUCGGACGCCCGAAUAUCGUAGACGAGCUCUUGAAGCGUGGAGCUGACAUUGACGAUGGCAUCGACAUCGACGCUCAAACCCCGUUGUGCAUGGCCGCAAAUGCUGGUCAUGUCAAAAUCAUGAACAAGCUGAUCCAGAAAGGUGCGAAUGCAAAUGCCAUCGCAAGCGACAUCGGGCCCGUCAUGAACGCUGCGAUCUCUUCCGGCAAUCCGGAUGCCGUAAGGUUGCUUGUUGAGAAGAAUGUCUCUUUGGCUGUCGAGGAUGAUAGCAUCGACUCUCCCUUAGCGCUAGCCGGUCUUCACGCCGACCUCUCCAUGUUCGAGUACCUCACGCAGACAUACGCCGACAAGUUGCCCGCGAAGGAAUUCGACAAGGCCUUCGUCAAAGCUGCCGUGGCUGGAAGAGUUGAUGUCUUCAAUAAGCUCCUGACGCAUUCUCAUCCUCAAGAGUGUUUCCAGGAGGCCUUGGAAGCGGCGACGGAGGAGGAGAACUGGGACAUUGUCAUGAUUCUCCUUGAGCAGCGUCAAGACCUCGACUGCAAUGACCUGUUCAAGAAAGCAGCAACUACUGCUGAGCACCAGGACAAGGUUUUGGAGGCUGUGUGGAAAUACACCAGUGGUAACAUCUCGAAAGAAACACUCAACGACAGUCUGUAUGAAGCUACGGACCUCGAGAAGGAGUCUACGGUCAAGCUUCUUUUGGAGGCAUUCAACGUCGAUGCAAACGCAACUGGCGAAGAGUACGGCACCGCCUUGACCGCUGCCGCGUACGAUGGAACGCUCGAUAUUGUCAACCUGCUUCUCAAAAGCGGCGCUGACAUCAACUCUGCCGACGGAUGGCCUCUUCAAGCCGCUGCUGCGGAAGGCCACUAUGACGUGGUUAAAGAGCUUCUUGAGCGCGGAGCAGACGUCAACUCGCUCACUGAAAACGAAAACUUCCCCCAGGGAACGGCACUCCAAGCAGCCUGCGAAUCAGGCAAAGUCGAGAUUGUGACGCUACUGUUGGAGAACGGUGCCAGCCCUGACUUGGGAGCUGGGGAGGACACCUGCCCUAUGAUAGCUGCUGCAAUGAGGGGUGAGCAGGCGAUUCUGGAACUUCUUGUACACGCCAAAGCGGAAGUCAACGUCUUCGGCGGCUGGGAUCACUCGACGGCGCUGAUCAACGCCGUCAUCAACCUGCCCACGGACGCGCUCCAGGUCAUGCUGGACGCCGGGGCUGACAUCAACCUCGGGGACCGGGAAGGAGAUACCCCCCUGAUCGUUGCCGCUCGGGAGGGUGACGCAGACUGCGUGCGGUUUCUCUUGGAUCAUGGAGCGGAUAUUUUCCACGCGAACCAGGACAAUGAGAACGCUCUCCAAUCGGCAAUCAAGUAUGGUGCAGACGACGAUUGCACAGGAGUUCUCAUUGAGCGCGUCUCUGAGAUCAUGUCAGCGCUGAACAAGGCAAUGCUCAACGGCAACUCUGCAAUCUCAAAGGUUGUCCGUAGCGUCGGCACUGGACGACAGGGUCUUACCUACGAUGAUUGGGAAGACCCUGAUGACAAGAUGUCAGAGGUAUCCGACGACGAGGACAGGAAGGCAGGCUACGAAACACCAAGGACCGAGUCUUUCCCAAACAGCGCCCGCAGGAUCGAAGAUGUCUCGCCCCAUGCACCAUCUCCGCUCAAACCCCGCAGCGAGAAGUUGUCGCAAGAGCUGGAGGCCGCCAUCACCGCACAAGUCUCGCUCCUCCAGCAGUACGGAACGUCGCCUCCCAGGCCCGCCAAGGUCGAAAUGUCGCCAGUGGAGAUGCCCCCGACCACCAUCGCAGGACUGCCGUCUCAGAGAAGAUACUCCCAGCAAGUUCAGUUAGAAGAGAUGCUCUCUCGGUACGACUUCGAUCCGCAACCGGGUCCGGAGGAGAGAUUCCACAAACCGCCGUAUAUCAAGACGCCUUCGACGCAGUGGUUGCAUUCGAGCGAGGGUCUGGUGAGCGAGCCGAUGCUCUCGCCCCCCAUCAAGCGGAAGCCGGCCCCGUCAUACGCUUUGGCUCCCUCGCCUACACCGUCAAACCUUUCCGGGAGCCAGUACCAGCCGCCUCCUUCUCAGAGUCCGGAUGCGAAACCCGCCUUUGAACAGCGGCCGCCGUAUCAGAACACGGCGUCGUAUCCCGGUGCCCCGACAUACUCUGGAAACCUAGGCCUCCCGUCCCAACACGCCAAAGGCAGGAUCUCGGAGGAGCGAGAAGAGCUUGCCCCGCCGGCUGCUCCAUACACGACUCCUUUCAACCCAUCAUCACACCGGCCCAGCCCGGGUAAUACUCCGCCUCAGAACAAGGAGCCCUUCCCAGAACUGCCGCAGCAGAUGCCGGGCGGAUGGCAGAGUCCGCCUCUGAACCAGCCUCAAACGUCAUCUUUGAGCACCACUGGCAGCGUCUCCCCGCCGCAGUCCUCCCACCAGCAGGAAUGGGAGUCGAGUAAACCUGAGUUGAAGUCUCAUCGGACCUCGUUCAUGGGCAUGAAGAAUACGCUCGACAAGGCGAGGCAGUUCAGUACAGGCAUCAUGAACCGCAAGCCGUCCGGGUUUUAA